AUGUUUCGUGAGCAGAAAAUAAAAAUUGGGGAUUAUUAUAUCAAUUACUUAAAAGUCGGGAAUGGACCACGCAACUUGCUGUUCGUGCCAGGUGCUUAUGGGUCCAUAUGGACAAAUUUCAAACUACAAGUGGAAGGGUUUGACCGGGAGAAAUUCACGUUGGUUCUGUGGGACCCCCCUGGUUAUGGGAAUAGCAGACCCCCCGACAGAGAUUUCCCGGCUGAUUUUUAUGAGAGGGACGCUGAUUGUGCAUAUGAAUUGAUGAAGGCUUUAAAACUUCCAACAUACUCAAUUUUGGGAUGGUGUGACGGCGGGAUAGUUAGUAUGAUUCUUACUUCGAAACAUCCAGAAGUGACUGAAAAACUGGUAAUUUGGGGGAGCAAGGCGUUCAUCCUACCACAUGAAAUUGCGGUAUAUGAUAAAUUUAGAGAUCUAGAUGUAUGGUCUGACAAUCUUAAAAAUCCGAUGUUAGAAUUGUAUGGAGAGAAAUUCGGAAGUUAUUGGGCCAAAUGGACGGAUAAUGCAAUAUACUCUGUAUUAAAAACUAGAGAAGGUAACAUUUGCUCUGAUCGUUUGAAGGAAAUUAAAUGUCCCACGUUAAUACUAUAUGGAGAGAAAGACCCGAUAGUGGAAACUAUGCACGCAUCUUAUCUGCAGACACAUAUUGAAAACUCAAGAUUGUACAAGUACCCAAAGGGCAAGCAUAACAUACACAUCAAGUACGCAGAGGAUUUCAACAGAAGAGUUCAAGAAUUUUUACUACAACCCUAA